UCAAAAACCAGAAGGGACCAGCGGAACUACCACUCUAAAAUAUAUCAUUACUAACUAACUAAUCACGUAUUUACAAAAAAGUAAUAUACAUAUUUCUUAUAACUCAUUUAUCCUCAUUUUCCGUCCAUCGUCAUCAUGAAUUACGAGUCCAACAAGCCUUCAAAAGCCGACGAAGCUGAAGUUGUCACUCGUACGUUUAACAUUCAUCGCUUUGAUCCUCAUCCGAGACGGAAAAUUCUCAUUAUUCACGGCGAAGUGCUAAUCACCAUUUCAAAUCCGCUCUGUCCCGUCGUCCUGGCCGAGGAAAGCAGAGAAUUCAAGAAACUCAUCAGUCUGGAAAACCUCUUCCCCACAACACCCAGAGAACAAGUCAUUGAUUCCGUGCUACGAGAAUGUCCCUUCAUCAAUCCCGAUAUGCGACUGCAUCUCGCAGUGACCAUCGAUUUUUUAAAGAAUCGACAAUACGACGACAACGGGAUGGUUAUUACGCCAUCGACAUCGCUAACUGAACGAGAAAAAUAUUCAAGUGGUAAUAACGCAAAAGUAAACCAAUCCACGGCCAGCACACCAACCGGCGACUUUCCAGACUUUGAGGUGGACACCAUCUCAGCCUCGCAACAAGGCACAUUCUCCACCUCUGCAAACACUGAGGCUGAACUCAACGAAAAAGUGGACAUGACCAGAUUGGACACGUAUGUCGAACUUUUGUAUGAAGAUGACUUAUCCGAGAAAGCCAGAGGAGCAAGAUGUAUUGCAAAACUUGCCAAAAUCUCGGAAAACUUGGCCGUCAUUGCAUAUCAUGAAACCGCUCUGAAUGCAUUAUUCCGCACACUACGAGAAGAAUAUCGCAAAUCGCUGGAUCUGACGACCCACAUCAUGUCAACUUGUCUAAGUUACGCUCAAUUUACUGAUUUCCAUCCAAUCCUUCUCACCAAUAAGACUUGCUCCAUAACCUUUGACCUUAUCGAGUUUGAGUUGCAACGGUAUGAAAAGUGGAGAUUAGAAGUGGCACGGAGACAGGAUAUUGUCGAGAAUAGGUCAGAGUUCCCAGGAAGUGCGGGUUCGUUUCAGAAGGCUAAAGCCGACUUUGAACGGAUGAGAGUCAAGUUUGCGGAAGUGACGAGAAAACAAGAUCACAUUCUUGCCUUGGCGUUCGAAGUCAUUUUAUAUCUCGCAGAAAAUCAUGGACUACAAGGUGAAAUCCUGUCGAGAGGAGUUGUCCCAAUGUUGAUGGAUACUUUAAGUCGAAAAAAUAUCGACUUGCUCAAGGUGGGCUUGAAAUAUUUGAAAGACUUGUCAUAUUACCUGCCAUGCAAAGUGCAGAUGGGUCAGCUCUACAUUACGGAGAAAAUUGCGCAAUUAUUGGAUGCCAAUAUUCCAAAUGAAAUCAUACGUUGUUGUCUCGACCUCCUGUUCAACCUUUCCUUCGACACGAAACUUCGCCAUAAGAUGGUCAUGUUUGGAAUCCUACCUAAACUCGCGUUUUACUUGGAGGACACCGUUUUGGAGAAUGUGACCCGAAAACUGCUCUACGUUAUGUCCAUGGACAGAAGAGUGAGACCCAGAAUUGCAUCCCUUCCUCAAAUCUUGCCAGUUUUGAUACAAACAUUAAAUGAAAAUAGAGAGGAGCCAGCCAGGAACUCUUUAGAUGUGGCUGGAAUUCUUAUAAAUUUAGCCACAAAUAAGAAAUGUGCCUUGGCCAUGUGUGACAAAACCACUGCUGGCAACGGUAACAAUAAUCUCGUCACUUUUCUCCAACAAUCCUUCGAAUCUGAGGAUGAAAUUGUUAUGAAAAUCGUGAGAAACUUGUCCGCCCAUUCAAACACUAAAGAAGCCUUUGCACCAUUUAUUUGCGACUUGGCGAGAGCAAUUCUUGACGCUACGUCGGAGGAAUUUGUUCUCGAAUGCAUUGGAACUCUGGCAAACUUGGACCUACCAAAUAUCGACUUUUCCAAACUUUUACAAGAAUUUCAACUUAUUCCCUGGAUUCAAGCCAUUUUUGACAAGUUCUUGAGUACAAAUCUCAACUUGAAUCGUACCAAGUCUGCCUCCUCUUCCCGUACUAAUGCAAAUAAUAAUAACAGUAAUUCUAAUACCACUAAUCACACCAGCCUGCUGACCUUGGAAGUGGUCAUAUUAACGGGGACAUGCUGCAGUGACUACGAGUGUGCCGACCUUCUCAUCCAAGAGGGAAUUUUAGACCAAUUAAUCAAAAUUUUAAUUACAACGUCCGACCUCGGAUUAAAAUCCCAAGUUUUGUACGUCUUUUACAAAAUGUGUAGUCACUCUGGCACAAAACAGCAUAUUCAAGAGCGGACACAAAUUCCUAAGAUUGUACUGGAACUCCUGCAACAUGAAAAUUUGGAGGUUCAACAACUAUGCGAAGGGAUCAUGAACCAAUUCGGAGAAACGGAUGAAGCCUGGAUGGAAAAACUGAGGGAAAAAAGGUUCCGAUUUUUUAACGAGGCAUGGAUCGAAAUGACGGAACGAUCCGUAGAUGACGACGACCCGUACGGAUUUACGUAUGGGAAUACCCGGGAGAAAAUUGUGAUUGACAUGGGUCCAUCUUCCACGUCAGAAACUCUCAUGACGGAAGACGACAGUGGAGAAGAGCACAGCGAUUUGGAAGUUGACAAGGAUGACGAACAACUCCUGCAGGAAAGAGGGGGACGAAUCAGAGGGGAGAACAAUACUGAUAAAGCAGGGUCCAGCAUCUUUGAUCGGUUUAAAGCUCAGUAUGAACGUGAAAUGAGGGCGAAAGAGCAGUGGGACCGGAGAGAAUUCAGUGAUGAGGAGGACGACGAGGAAAUUAAUAAUGGGGAGCUAACACUGGUUAAAAAUAGGGCUAAAUCAGCGAGAAGAAUUAAAAAGUGAGGGAGGAGUAUAUAAGAAAAUUGCCUUUAUUUACGUACACACAUCGUAUAUAUUUGUAAAUAUGCAUAUGUAUGUGACCUGACGUUAUAUAAUGCUUUUCUUAAAAUAAAGUUGUAUCAAACAUAAGCACAGA